AUGACAAAUCAACAAAUUCCAAUUUGGCUUGAUUGUGACCCCGGUAACGACGACGCAUUUGCAAUCUUGCUAUCCGUUUUCAGCCCUCGCUAUAAGUUGUUGGGAAUAUCUACGGUUCAUGGUAAUGCUCCAUUACAUAUGACGACGCAUAAUACAUUAGCGGUAUUGGACCUAUUGAAUAUUUUCAACGUGAAGGUUUACGAAGGAGAAGGAAAACCACUAGUGAAUGCGCCUCGUUAUGCUUUGGAUGUACAUGGCGUAACGGGUAUCGGGGGGGUAGAGUUACCAGAAACAUCGAUCAACAAAUGUGUUACUUCUGUUUCGUAUAUUGAUGCAAUUAAGGAGGCCAUUGACGCAAAUGCACAUGAGAUUUGUCUUGUUGUUACUGGUACAAUGACAAAUAUUGCUCUUUUGGUUGAAAGGUAUCCAGAGAUUGUUAAUAAAAUCAAGUUUAUUUCAGUGAUGGGAGGUAGUUUUGGCAUGGGUAAUGCAACCCCAUAUGCUGAAUUCAAUUUCCACACCGACCCACAUGCCAUAAAAGCUGUAAUGGACAAAUUACAGGAUAAAAUUAUUCUAACGCCGUUGAAUCUCACCCACAAAAUUAUAGCCACUGGCGCUGUGCGUAAACAAAUCUAUAGUGAAGAGGACGAAACAAGAAACAGUUCCUUAAGGAAAGCCUUUUAUGACAUAUUGAUGUUUUAUGGCAAGGCUUAUGCUAAAUUAGAGGACAUGACUAGUGGUCCACCAUUGCAUGAUCCAGUGGCGCUCUACAGUUUGUUACCUUUAGUGGAUGGAAAUUGUGCUAAAUAUGGCUACCAGUAUUUAAGAAAGAAAUUGGAUGUUGUUAUUGGGGGUCCGCACGAAGGGGAAAGUGUCAUUGUUAAUAAACAGUUGCCGCUUAACGAGUCUGAGAAUGAAGGUGUGUAUAUAGGUGAGAACUUGGAUGCUCAAAAGUUUUGGGAUUGUAUGUUGGAAGCUUUGCGUGCAGCUGAAUUAAAUUUGAAAUAG